ACGCACAGCCGCCAGGGCCUAGUCCCGCCCCGCAGCAGUCCGCCCGCCCUCCCGCCGGUUUCCAUGGCGACCAGCACGCCAGCCGCGGCUGCGACUCGUUCCCCCUCUUCCAGUGGGAGUCGGCGAUAGUGAUGGCAGCGGCGCGGUGUUGAAAAUACUUUGGGCAAUCGGUACCAUCAGACAUCUGCCAAUCUGGUACCACAAACUAAAGAAUUAUGUGCACACCUCAAAGGUUCUCUCAACAGUUGCAGUCCUAUGUGGUGUGGGUCAACUCCCAAUUGAAGAAAAAGCCUGGACUGAAUCCAGUGCAAGACUUACGGCAAGACCUGCGUGAUGGAGUGGUGUUGACACAUCUUGUGGAGAUCGUGGCGGGUGAACGACUCAGUGAUGUUUGCCUCAACCCCCGCAGCCAGAAGGAAAUGAAGGACAAUGUGGAGAAAGUACUCCAGUUCAUAGCCUCCAAGAAGAUUCGUAUGCACCAGACUUCAGCUCGUGACAUCGUUGAAGGGAACUUGAAAUGUGUGAUGCGACUGAUCCUGUCUCUGGCAGCUCACUUCAAACCAUCUGGUGUUAGAUCAGCAAGCCAAAGGUCAGCAGCAGCCCUGGGGAGCAAUGCCACUGUUCCACUGGACAAUCACCGGCCGCUGUCUGCGACGGCCAUGGUGCAGAACGCCGCCGCCGCUCUCGCUGAGGCCCGCCACGAUGUUUCACGCUCUGGUCGGGAGGUAUUCCGCUACAAGCAGGAGAUUCCCAGCUGUGACGAGGAAAUGAGCAGUCGUUCCUGGAGCGUUCGAGCAAUGGUGAAACAGUACGAGGGCCAGCAGAUACCUGUAUCACCACCACUCUCACCAAGUGUCAGUUCAGCAAGUCCAACGAACAGUGCAAAACCAGAGUCCAUUACCAGUCAACUGGAGGAAGGAUUGGAUUUAUCUUCCCAGAAAGAGGAAUGGGAGUCCAGACCAGAGGAUAAUAUUGAAUCUCCAUGGAUGUCCAUCAACUCUGGAAAAUUCCUGAUGAAUGACAGCCACUCCCUGUGGGAGGAUCAGUUAUUGGAUCAACAGGACCAGCUGGGCAAGGAAAUGGAGGAGGCCAGAAAGAUGAUUUCCAUCCUACAAGGGUUACUAUUGAAUGGUUCACUUCCUGAAGAUGAACAGGAGGGAUCAUUUCCUCUGAGUGAGCAAGGAGCAUGUGCAGAAGAGCAACUGGUCAUCAUCAAGAGUCGAUUGGAUCUAAGCAUGGAUGAAUGCCAAGAGUUAAAGAAAGAACUUUCAAAAUUCAAACAGCAAACCAGGAAUCUGCAGGGAGUGAAGGAUGCCUUGCAGCAUCGGAUGGCCCAGCAGGAAAACUCCAUUCUUCAGCUCAAGCAGGAGUUGCUGAGAGCGGGCAUGGCCAAGGACGAACUGCUGAGUGAAAAUCUUGACCUUAAGAGGAAGUCUGAAGAACGGAACCGGAUGGUUGGGGAAUUUAAAAGGGAGAUGGGUCAGAAGGAGAGACUGUUCCAACAACAGAAGGUUAAACUGGAUGAUGCACUGCGGAAACUAACAGAAACUACUCACAUAAAGAAUGACUUGCAGAGAGAGUUGGACCACAAGGAGAUACUUCUGCAGCAGCUGGUGAACAGAGGGGAGGAAGAGACAGAGGACCUUCAGGUGGUACGAGAUUCACUACGAAGUUUACGUAACAGCUUUGCUGGUCAUGACCCUCAGCACCACACCAUCGACACCCUGGAACAAGGAAUUUCAAGUUUAUUAGACCGAAUGCAUGUAGCCCAAGCACAGGGAAGAGGCAGCAACAAAACUCCAGUGAAAAAUUCAGGAAGAGGAUCAGACACAGAAAGAGAAUCCUGGCCAUCAAAUCCCACGACUCUUCAUUUUCACAACAGCCCUGGUCUGAGAAAUCGUGUCUUCACAAAGGUGCUAUACUUCACAGACCGAACCCUUGUGCCAUUCAUGAUAAACAUUCCAAAGAGCCUUGGUGAGGUGACUCUUAAAGACUUUAAAGCAGCAAUAGAUCGGGAAGGGAACUAUCGAUAUCACUUCAAGGCACUGGACCCAGAGUUUGGCACUGUGAAGGAAGAGCUUUUCCAUGAUGACGACAUCGUUCCAGGUUGGGAAGGCAAAAUAGUUGCAUGGGUCGAAGAAGACGGUGGUGACAGUCGGUAGAUUAAUCCUCGCCUCCAGAUCGGGAGCUUGAACCUUGCUUUAUAAAGUACAGACCUAAGGAGGACACCCACCAAAGAGCCAAAAGACACCACCCAAGUCUUCACACUCUCCUCUGCCUUCAGGGUAGACAUCGUGCUGUGCCAACGGCCUCAUGUGGACUGGAGACGAGUCUGGUGUAAAAGCCUUGCACUGACGUCUGGCUGCUGUUUGGCUAACGUGGCUUCUGUUGGUCACUACCAGUGUACAAUUAUGAUGCCAUUCAUAGGCAAUGAGUAGACUGUGGCUUACAUCAGUGUUGUGCGGAACAGCUUCAGUUGAAUUUUGCUGCUGUUUCAUCCUCAAAGCUUGGAGCAUCUAAGGCUAUCGUUACUUAUACCUGAGCUCUUGACAUAACUAUUAUGUUUCAUGUUGUUUAAAUUCCAAACUUUCUUCAUGACAAACCUGUAAAUAUCAUCUUUGCUAAUUGUUUCUACUUCGUACCAUUGUGGUUACAUCAGAGUUCUCAGCUGAGUGACUGCAGUUCUGAGCUUCAAGGCUAGGGCGAACUGUGCCAGUUAGCAGGUACAAGGAGGUGCCACAGGAUUGUGGUGGUGGUGGGCACCCUUCAAAUAGCAGCCAAUGUUUUACCUGCAUUGUGUCUUGUAGACCCUACUGCUGGUGUGUGGCGGGAUCUACCUGGGCUUGUUGGCUACAGAUUACUCUUAGGAGAACAGGAAGUAAUCAUCACAGGAACUGCAGAUAGAAGGCAUUGGUUCUUUUCCAACAGAACAACAGAGGCCAUUAGGUGAAAACAGGCCCCCUUAGUGCACUGCCUGCUGCCUGGUAAAGGAGCAGCAUUCCUCUCCUCAAAGCACCAUGCCCACAUGACCUGCAUUUAACAAACCUGUAAAGUCAACAGCAUCUGAAGAAAGUUUAGACGGCACCCUCUUAAAAUAGUAGCAUGUUCGUCAUUACAAAUUAAAACACAAAAGCAAAUAGGCCCAUUAGAUUUUUCAUAUCUUGUGUACAGAGUUCAUACUGCUCCUAUUCAGUCACUGAAGAGGAACAGCCAGGCUCCCGGAAAAUCAGACAGUGCAGCUUAGAAAAGGUUGUUCUGCCUGCUGUGCAUGUGCCAAUUAUUUGAAAGAAGUAACCUGCUGGUUCAUGUUCUCUGAUCUUCCUCAUUGCAAACCAUCUAAGGGCAGCACAGUGGCGCAGCGGUAGAGCUGCUGCCGCAUGGUGACAGAGACUCAGGUUCGAUCUUGACCUCGGGUGCUGUCUGUGUGGUUUGUACAUUUUCCCUGUGACUGCAUGGGUUUUCACCAAGUGCUCCUGUUUCCUCCCACACCCCAAACACCUGCCAGUUUGCAGGUUAAUUGGCCCUCUGUAAAUUGCUCCUAGUGUGUAAGGAGUAGAUAAUAUAGAACUAGUAUGUGAACGGGUAAUCGAUGGUUGGCAUGGACUCAGUUGGUCAAAGGGCUUGUUUCCCUGCUGUAUCUCUCAACUAAUUAAAAUAAAAGGUAGUGAAGCAUUUUAAGGCAUGUGGGAAAGUCAUAAGAACUUUCUGCAAGAAUCACCAACCAAUUUGGAUUUAGUAACUUUAUUUUAGGGUUACCGCAGUGACAGGAACGAAUCAGUGGUAAACUGAUUGCUGACGGUAAUGGGAGCUUGGUUUUGUCCAGAGGGUAAGUUUAACAGAAGCGAGUAAUGCAAAAGUACAUGAGUACACAUUACAAGACUACAGCUUGCUUACAACACUGCCUUUUUUAAAUGGGACAUGGAAUAGUUUUAACACAGAAGCAUUAAUGCCAUCAAGAAAUUAUGCAUUGAAAGAUUUUGGUAAUUUCAAAUUAAGAAUUUUGAGAAUGUUGUGUAGGUAAAUUUGUUUUUAAACAUCAGCUACCUUUUAGCUUUUUUAAUUUUUUGUAUGUGACAAUUAUGCUGCUCAAAUUGACUAGUAUUUGGAAAUUUACAUUAUCAAACUGGAUUUUAAGUAACUGCAGUCAAAUCUUGUUUGUGAAAAAUUAUGAGACCUGGAAAGUACCCUUUUAUAAAUGGAGGGUUAUCUUGAAGAAUGAAUUAUCCUUGACUACUUUUUUCACAAUAGACUGCUUUAAAAUAAAUACUGGAUGUUUUGCCAGAGUUUCUGCUGUUGUAUGUGCUGACACAAUGUUUGGGCCACACAUGGUACCAGGCAUUUAUUGUAAGUGCCAAAUGAUUACUGCUGUGCAGUUCAUAGUUGCAGAGCUCAACAUUCCAAAUAAUGCAAGUGGAGUAAUUGAUGUGUGCAUUGUAAAAGCUGUUCUGUUGCAAGAAAGGUUGUUUGGAUUGUGUAAACUUGACUGGUCCUUCAAAUGCCUUCCAAAGAAACUUGUUUGUCAUAAUGUUGUGUGAUUGUAUAAGGAUUACUGUUUUAAAAAAGCUUGCAUUUUCAAUAAAAUGUGGGCUAUUUGUACAACAACUCGAUAUAUUGUG